AUGGUGCUGUCUUUGACUCAGCCAUCCCUUCUAGGGAUGCUCCUUCUGCUGUUGGUGUCAAAUGUGCUCCAGUGGGAGAAUGUGAGUUCUGCUCCCAUACAAGAUAAUGAGGUUGAAAACGGUGCGGUGUCACUCAAGGACCUGUUUAAUCAUGCCAUCACACUGUCACGGACCACCAAUAAUAUCACUAUGGAAAUGCGCAAAUUAUUUUUCUCUGAUGACUUCUCCUCAAAAAUGUUCAAAAAAAUUGUAUUGGGGUUUCUCAAGGAUAAGAAGCACAUGAUUAAGACCCUUAACAGCUGCCACACAUUCUCCCUCCACACUCCAGAAACUGUGGAGGAAGCCGGCGAGAUGUCACUUGAAGAGUUCCUGAAAAUAAUACUCAGCAUAGUGUAUGCCUGGGAUAAUCCUCUGCACCACCUAGUGACCGAACUCCGUGGUAUGAAAGGUGCUCCUGAUGAAAUUUUGUUAAAAGCCCAAGGCAUUGAGACCCUAAACAAGGAGCUUCUAAAGAGUAUUAUGACGAUACUUAGGAAGGUUCAUCCUGGAAUAGAGGGAAAUAAGGACUACCCUGUCUGGAAUGAUCUGGAAUCUUUGCAGGCAGACGAUGAAGAACUUCAUUUUUUUGCUCUUUAUAAAUUGUUUUACUGCCUACGUGUUGACGCAUAUACAGUUGACCUUUAUCUCAAGUACCUGAUGUGUGUGCUUGUUGGUGGUGACAUCUGCUCCUCUGUAAAAUUUUAA